GGGAAAGAUUACAUCCUGCUGCAAACAGCCUGAGGGUAGAGCGGAAAAGGACCGCUGGGCACAACCCAGAGCUUUGGGACGGCACCUGAAAACCAUGGCCAGGGAGCUGAAAUGCAAGAUCGACCAGGAGAGCAGCAAGAGAGCGUUCCUGACGAAUCAGGGUCACCUGAACGAGACCCACUGCGUCCACUGCCUCCAGCCCUUCAACUGCGACCCUUGCCGUUCAUCCAGGAUUGUGAAGAUUGGGUCCCUCGAGUGGUACUAUGAGCACGUGCGGUCCCGUUUCAAGCGAUUUGGCAGCGCCAAAGUGCUGCAGUCACUCUACGGCAGGUUGCAGCCAGGUCUUCAUGACAGAGUUUACAGCCUGCCAGACAUUAACAGUGAAUGCCAGCUCCCCACCAGCGGCGGGACUGGGGAUGACAGUGACGAUGGAGAUGAUGUCCUUCGUGGAGCCGAAGCAGAGUGCUACAGCAGAAUGCGCAAGACAAAGCGCCUGCUGUCUGUUCACCCCUUUGAUUUUGAGCUGGAUUCAGACUACUCUGCUCAGUCUCGCCGCCAGUCUGUGCAGCUCUCUCCAGCAGCCAUCAGCCCAGAUGGCGUCCAGGCCUUCCCGGAUUUUCCCGACUCUGCUGAAGACACCUCCCAGAAGGAGUCCAUGAUCGCAGAGGCAGAUCUGGCAGCAGUCUACCACCACAUCUUGCAGGAACAGGGAGAGCACAUGAGCCCUCCAGAGCAGGAGUUCAGCACAGAGGUUCGGCUCACAGUCAACUCACGGAGAAGGAGCCUGGAAAGAAAUGCAAAACCUGGCAGUCCCUGGAAUGAGCAGCCCCUGUCCCCGUACUCUGCAGAUAUGGACACCUCUGACGAGGACGCAAAGGGACCCCAGAAGUUCACAAGCUACGCGUCCCAUUACGUGAAACGCCGGAACAGAGCGUCCUCGCAGGAAAAUGUCAGCCACUCUGGGAGUCAGAUUCACGAGCUCAACAAACGCAUGUCCGCGAUCGAACGCAUGCUGAACUCGGCCUGUCUUGGUCAGUGUGUGUGGAUCCAGGCAUGCCUUACUGUCAACCUCUGGAGUCUGUUCCACUUACAAAACUCCCUCCUGCUAUUCUUUCAGUCUCCAGCCCCUGAGCCCCAACUUGGUCCUGAUGCCGAGGAGGAGGAGCUGAAGAGGAAGCUGGAGGAGUUAGCCAGCAACAUCAGCGACAAAGGAGUCUCUUCUGAAGAAGAGGAGUGUGAGGAAAAGAAGAAGGGAGCGAAGAAACCAGAGAUGAGUUCUUCCAGCGAUGACGUGGCCAGCGAGGCUCAGAAGAGGUCAUCAGCUCAGGCUUUGAGCGACAUCACGGCCAAAGUACUGAAAGCCAUAAAUGCCACGGAGAGAGCGGUCUAUGAGUCCUUGCAUGGAGAGAGCCAGUGCAGUGGUAACUGUGCCCUCCCUGGAGGGCAGCUUCCCAGCCCGAAAGAUGGGAACGAGGUGGCCGAAGCAUACCGUGAGCUUGAAGAAAAUGUGUACCUGACUGCUGGAAAGACCUACCGGCUGGAGAAGACCCUGAAGGAGCUUGAGGAAGGGGCUCAGCACGGCGGCACCACUGACUCGGAGCUGUCGGAGCUGGAGGACAGAGUGGCCUCGGCAGCCGCGCAGGUGCAGCAGGCAGAGAGCGAGGUAUCAGACAUCGAAUCUCGAAUUGCGGCCCUGACAGCUGCAGGGCUGACAGUGAAGUCGGUGGAGAAAGCAAGGAAGAAAUCAAGUGCGCAGGGCUUUCUCCUCCAGUCUCCCAGGCCUGCCAGCAGCAGUCCAGGGGAGCACAGCGCUGAGUCUCCGGAUGAUAUUAAAGCGAUGUCGGGACCCCAGGUGUUCAGGAGGAAAUUCAACAGUUCUCUUGAAAUCACAGGCAGCGAUGACUCCUUUGACCGCAACUCCAUUUACCGCGGCUCUUUGACACAGAGAAACCCCAAUGGGAAGAACAGGAGGGUGGAGCGCCUCUUUGCGAAGCCUGUGAUGACCCACCUGCCCUGAGGAAAGGGGACCUCCUCCUGCCGCUGCAUUUCACUGAUGAUACAAGACCUCAG